GGUAAACAACAAGGUAGAUGAAAGGGUGGACGAAAGGAUAAAUGAAAGAAUGGAUAUAGGAAUGCGCAAAAGAAUAAAUGAAAGAGUAAACAAAAGGGAUGAAACGAUAAAUGAAGAGACGGAUGAAAUGAUGAAUGAAGAGAUAGAUGAAACGAUGAAUGAAGAGAUGGAUGAAACGAUAAAUGAAGGGGUGGAUGAAAUGAUGAAUGAAGAG